GCUCCUAUUGGAUAAACACGCGGAAGUACGGGGGCACUCUCGCUAACAACAAUAACAGUUCCUUGUGGUGAUUUACUGGAGUUCACUGGAUGGUUUUACUCCAACUAUGGCUCUGCCGGCUCAGUUCAGAUCCAUCCAGCACCACCUGCGGACGGCGCAGGAGCACGAGAAGCGGGACCCGGUGGUGACUUAUUACUGUCGGCUCUAUGCCAUGCAGACGGGCAUGAAGCUGGACAGCAAAACGCCGGAGUGCCGAAAGUUCCUGGUUAAACUCAUGGACCAGCUGGAGUCGAUGAAAAAGGAGAUGAGUGACAACGAGUCCAUCAGUCAGGAGGUGGUCGGUAACGCCCACAUCGAAAACUACGCCUUAAAAUUGUUCCUCUACGCCGACAACGAGGACAGAGCGGGACGUUUCCACAAGAACAUGAUCAAGUCUUUCUACACAGCCAGUCUGCUGCUGGAUGUCUUGUCUGUGUUUGGGGAGCUGUCAGAGGAGAACAUCCAGCACAGGAAGUACGCCCGCUGGAAGGCCACCUACAUCCACAACUGUCUGAAGAACGGGGAGACGCCUCAGCCCGGGCCCCUCGGUAUGGACGAGGACGAGGAAGCAGGUGAGUUUGGAGCUGAAGGCUUCUCAGGCCUGGACCCCUCCCACGGGGGUUCUUUCAGGGGUGGUCCUCCUUCUCUGUCCUCCGAAGGCCAGGACCACAGUUCGGUUCCAGGUCCUGCCCCGGGUAUCGGCUUUACUCCUGGUCCAGGAUCGGCCCCAUCGGGUCCUCCAACCACAAACUACAACAACAUCCACAUCCCACCAGGGGCCCACGCUCCGGCCAACACUCCAGCCGAGCUGCCACCGCCUACAGCAGAAGCUGUUAAACCUGUGCCUAUGCCCCGAUCAGUGCCCAAUGUUGACCCCACACUGCUCAGCGCCCAGCAGCAGGGCGGGGUGCAACUCUCUCCGGAAGACUUCACCAAGGCCCAGAAAUACUGCAAGUACGCCGGCAGCGCCCUGCAGUACGAGGACGUCAGCACGGCCAUCCAGAACCUCCAGAAAGCCCUGAAACUCCUGACCACCGGCAAAGAAUGAGGCCCUUGUCCUCCUGCUGUCUGACUCCUCCAUCCCUCCUUUUCUUCCUUCUUUCACCCCUCCUCUUUUCACUCCAGCAGCGCCACUUUAUCCAUCACUGAGCCGAGGACAGACACACACACACACACACACACACACACACACACACACACACUGAGGCCAUCCUGUGAAGAGGGCUGUUGAGCUCGCCAUUAGACGAGGACAUGAUGGAAAUCAGUGUUGAACAGUAGCUGUCUGUGUGUGACACUGUCACAGUGAUUGACAGCAUAACCGACCAACUGCAGAACACACUGACUCACUGAUUCAUACACACAUCAAAGCUUCAUUCCUGACAACAAUUGGCUCGUUACCAGUUCGACGUAGGAAGACGGCACGAGGUCAGAGGAGCUGAACGAGCUGGAGCUGCUGCACAGGAACAGUUCGAACCAGUAAAAACCAGUAAACAGCUGCCAGUUAAACCACAGCUCUGAAACAUGAACUGGACCUCAGAUUGAACUUUUCACUAAAAUCCUAAAUAACUCAAAUCCUUCAGCUGGAGUGAAAAUUUAAAGAACUGAAGAUUUUCACUGGAGCUGAAACAAUGAGUCCUGAAAGGUUCACAGCUUCUCUGUUAAUGCAGCAUUUGAAGAAAGCAGCACAAUGAUUAAAAACUAAUAGAUUGAUCAAUAUGGAUUCAAAGAACAAUGAUAAAUAUUUACUUGCUAUGCAGCAGGCUGUUUAUGUUUAUGUGAGCAGCACCAAAGUGUAACAGCUUCUUGUUGGUCUCAUCUUCUCAAACAUACAGGUAUAAAAAUCUUCCCAUCAGGUAAAAAUCACACGGCGUAUUCCCAAACAUGACUGAUGAGCUCACUAAACGAUGAGCUCACUAAACUGGAUUAUUUCCAGCACCGAAUCCAAACUCUGGUUUAUGAACCUGCUUUUUCAGAAGACGUUCGGCUCGUUUGUGUUAAUAAAGGAAAAACGUCUCAUUUUGUGUUGUGCUGUCGGGACGUUUGCUCCCCAUCGUUAUCUCCACUGCUGCUGUUCUGCACUUUUAGAAGAUAAAACUGUCCCAUUCACAUCAGUCUUUGUCCCAAGCUCAGACCAUACGGAGGGGAGACCUCGGCGCUUGGAGGGUUUUUGUACGGUGGAGGAAGCGGAGGAUUAUUUCCUGGAUAUUCUUUAACAUAUCACAGUCUCUGUAUAUGCUGGCAGAGGGUUAGGGUUAGUUGUUUUCUCUUUAUUUAAUGUUAAUCUUUCUCAGAUCUUAGUCUGUUUAAAGGUUUUCACAGAGUUGCACGAAGCUUCUGUCAGAAUCUGAAAUUGAAAGUUUGAAUAAAACGUUGGAAAUGA